GUCAAAGUCAAAUUGCAUAUUUUAUAGGUUAGAAUUAUAACAAACAAAACAAUGAUAAGAAAAAUAAAAUUACCAUAUUAUUAUUCGGUAUACGCGAAUUUUUCGACAAAAGUCGAGAUAGAUGCUAGACUUCGAGACAGCUUUGAAUCAAAGGAAUAUAAACCACGCAAUCAUCCUGGACGUACUAAAGUAAAAAUCGCUGCAAUUCCACCUGAUAUCCUAAAGGGUAUAAAAGUCAUAUUAGAAGAUACGGGCGCUAAAUCUCUUAUCCAAGAAAGCGAGAACCUAUACAACUAUCUCAGGUCAAGAAAACUACCUCCCGAAGAGAGCGAAAUCAAUGAGAAAGCGGCAAAUAUUCACAAAACAGUGUCACACAAAUUUUACUCACAAUUGACUAAAGAUAGGUCAGAAUUAUCUCAAGAAGAGAUUGAUAUGUGCGAAAAGAAAAUACAAACAUCAGUAUUUAACGUUUUAAAAAGAAAUGUAUACAGUUGGGCUAACAUUUCUUACGAUAAACCAACAUGUUUGCAAUAUUUAAUAUCAAGAGCUGCAGCUGAAUAUGCUAUCCUGGUACGUAUAUUUGACGAAAUAAAUAGAAAAAUACCGGAUUAUAAGCCACGAAGUUUCUUUGAUUUCGGUUCAGGUGUAGGAACUGGCACUUGGGCUGUCAACACAUACUGGAAAAAACAUAUUUUUGAAUACUUUUGUGUUGAUACAUCCUUACACAUGAAUGAUUUGUCACGUUUAAUACUCUGCGAAGGUAAAGAUAAUGUACCUUUACCAUUCAAAGCUUAUUUUCAAAGACAAUUUUUACCCGCAUCUACAGAUUUGAAGUACAACAUAGUGUUAUCAGCAUUUUCUUUAUUCGAAAUGCCAAACAUGAAGACGAGAUUGGAAACUGUACAGAAAUUAUGGAAUAAAACUGAAGAUUUUCUUAUAAUAGUUGAACAAGGGACUAAUGCUGGCUUUAAAAUUGUUAAUGAAGCUAGAGAGUUUGUUUUGAAUGGUACAAAUGUUGAAAAAGGUUAUGCAUUUGCACCCUGUCCUAACGAUAGCGUGUGCCCUAGAUAUCUAGAGCACGAAACUCCGUGUAACUUUCUAAUGAAGUAUGAAACAUUAAAAUUCCCUUCAAAAGUAGAAAUUCAAGCAGAUUUGUUUACGUAUGUAAUUUUAAGGAAAGGUGUACGUCCGACAGAUGAUUCACAAUGGCCUAGGAUUGUACGAGCUCCGAUAGUCCGUUCUAGACAUACAGUUUGUAGGUUAUGUACAGCGCAAGGAGAGUUAAAGGAAAUAAUCUUUUCUAAAGGCAAAUUUGAUACAACAACGUACAGAUGUGCGAGAUCCAGUAAUUGGGGUGAUUUAUUACCAGUUAAAUAAAAUGAUUCUCAUGUGAA